AACACCCGACCAUCACCGGCAACGCCUUCCUGCGAUAGUACGACGAAGGCAACCUGUGACGAGCCUUCUCAACGAGGCAGCUCCCGAUGGCGGCCACUGCCUCAACAGCUACUCCCACGCCCCUUCCCCACUUCACAGAACGCGAGGCCAGUGUUUUGGCCCUGUACGAUCGAUUACGCCAACUUCAACUUGAGCUUGCUCUCCUUACAUCACAGCGGAGUCAUGGUGUAAUAGAAACAAGCGCUUCCCGACGUGCUGAGAAUGACUUGGCCGUUGACGAGGCACGACUGUUGGAGGCAAGAGCCACGUUAGAUCUGCGCGACAGCGUCGUAGAAAACGUGGUGACGCUCCAGCCGAUCUUGAACGCGGUCCAUCAUGCGACCCAUGCCUCCCCUCUUGAACGGGAUCUGUUGCCCUAUACCGAGCAACGGGAUGCAACCGCAACCAAGGUGGCGUCGUUGUGCGCGGAUUUAGACUCAGCUUGGGGCCGCCUUGCGGAGCUUGAAACCGAGAGUCUCCGUGCCACUCAGCGGAACAUGGAGCUGGCUUCGGAAGUACUACGGUUGGCAGCAGGAACGAAUGAUAAGACACCAAGCCAGUUGGAAGGUGGGCGGCUCGAGAUGGAGCUUGCUGGUCACGAAGCAGAGAUGAAGUCCAACCGCCGAAGAUGGAGGAUUAUGAAGGGGGCAGCUAGUGCCAUUGUAGCUGGCAGUGGGAUCGACUGGGUCCGGGACGAGCGCCUCAGAGAUUUGGUACUUGACCUGCCAGAUUGACGGCGACCAAAUUGGUACUCGCACCGGGUCCUAAAAAGCCCGUUUUCCAAGAUCCAAACC